AUGCCGACUCAUGAUUUAUCAGACACCUGCUGUGGUGGGUCAAAUGAAAAGACAAAGGAGCCACUUUCGCCUUCAAGAACCACAGUAUCAGAACAUGAAAGUUCAUAUGCGGCUCAGCAAGAACUAUAUGGUGAAAUCAGAUCAGCACCAACAAAGCAUACAGUCGACACACAGCUACCAAAGAUAAGCGAGAAGUUGGUAUUCCCUAAACAGAGGAAGCGUCCCAAUUCCAUGGAUACUAUCAGGACGCCUAAAUACAGUCCGAAGCUGAAGAGGCCUUCAACAUGUGGCAAGGAGGGCGUUCGAAAUUUCUCAACUCCUACACCACUCAAAGUCAAAUUGAUAGAUACCCAAAUUCCACUUUUAUCGCCAAAUGCAGAGUCUGGCCAUGAUGAACAUACAGAUGUAAACACUUCGUUGGACUCUGUCAAUUUGUCGUUUGAUUCAAGUUUGGACACUCCUACUGUAAACCGUAAUAGAGUCACUUCACCACUUUCUGUGCGCAGUUUCUCAACUCCAUUGCUGGAUCUAAGAAGUAACGAUGAAAAGAAAACCCAAGUUCAGAUCAAACUGAACCAGAUAUCGGCCAAGGAAAACCUCGAAGAGAAGGAGAGACAGUUGCGACGAGACAUACUUAAAUAUCAAAAUGAGGUGAACACCAUGAAGCAAGUUAAAAAGUAUAGAGCUUCACAAGAAUCUGAUAAACUCGAAGACUUGAUUGUCAAAUGGAGAGAUAUUGCGGAACGUGCAUCUAACUACAUGCUAAAUGAAGCCAAGCUGAAAAUUGACAGAAUGGGUGGAGUCGAUGAAUUCAGAAAGAGACAAAAAAAAUCAAAACUCAGAAAAAUGAAAUUUGAAUUUGAUGAAAACUUGCUCUAUAGGAUCGAAGAAUAUAUGGAAUCAGAAGAGUAUAAAAAUUUGGAUACGUAUGAUCAAGAGGAAAUAAAGUCGAAAAGAAGAGAAAUGCAAGCAAUGAGUGAAAAACUUGAACGUGGAGAAAUACCCUUGGGCGAUGAAGAUCAGGAAAGUGAGGAUGAUAACGAAAGCAAUGAGUUUACGAUGAAAGAUCUUUACAAGCAACUAAAACUUGACUACAGAUUAGUCUAUGGAAAGUGA